AUGCCUCAUUUCAUCGAUUGGUCAUCCUCCCUGAUUCGGACAUACCAGGCUGCAAAACACUGGUUCAAGUCGCUUUCAGAUGCCAUAGAAGCAAACGACACUUCGAAUAUCACAGCCCAUUUUUUGGCCGAUGGAUACUGGCGUGAUCUCUUGUCCUUAUCGUGGGAUAAUCGUACUUUGCAUACCGUCCCCGCCAUUAAGAGCUUCCUCGACGACAACGACCAGCCAACCGAGGUGCCCCGUUUUUUUUUGGUCAUUCACUACUGCAACCCCACUCUCAACGCCUUUCUAGAUUUUACCUGGGUACAAUGCUUCUUCACAUUUGAGACGAGCAUCGCUCGAGGGCGAGGCUUCUUCAGGCUGAUGCGUGAUCCCGAUGGCGGUGUAUGGAAAGCAAAAACUUUCUACACAGGGAUAGAGGAGCUAAAGGGAUAUGAAGAACACAGGGGCACCACGCGCCCUGUCGGUGUGAACCACGGGGCCAACACAGAUCGCAAGUCGUGGAAAGACAGUCGAGCAAAGAAGCGCGAAUUUGCCAAUGCAGAACCGACAGUGCUCAUCGUCGGCGCUGGCCAGUCUGGUUUGGCCGUGGGCGCCAGGCUAGGCCAGCUCAACGUCGACACACUUCUUAUCGACAAGAAUGAUCGAGUGGGGGACAACUGGAGGAAACGAUACGAUUUCCUCGUCCUUCAUGAUCCAGUCUGGUAUGACCACCUUCCCUACGUUUCAUUUCCCCCACACUGGCCAGUUUUCACGCCCAAGGACAAGCUAGGCGACUGGUUUGAGGCCUAUGCGGCGACGAUGGAGCUUAAUAUCUGGAUGCAAAGCACCAUCAAAUCCGCCACGUACGACGAAUCCUCCCACCUCUGGACCGUCAACAUUGCCCGUGCUGGUCAUCCCGACCGUGUCAUCAGACCCAAAUUUAUCGUCGUCGCCACCGGACACAGCGGAGAGCCCAACAUCUCCAUCUUCAAGGGCCAGGAUACCUUCAAGGGCCACCUCUGCCACUCGAGUCAGCACACCACAGGAGGCGACUUCAAGCGCAAGAAGGCAGUUGUCGUCGGCUGCUGCAAUAGUGGUCACGACAUCGCGCAGGACUUUUAUGAGCAAGGGGCUGACGUUACCAUCGUGCAACGAUCCAGUACCUAUGUGAUGUCCUCGUCCGCUGGGCUCGGAGUCUUGUUCCGUGGGUUGUACGAAGAGAAUGGACCACCGACAGAAGAUGCGGAUAUCAUGUUCUCGUCGACGCCUAACCAUAUGUUCCAGAUCUUGCACAAAUAUACCACUGAAGAGAUUGCCGAGAUUGAUCGUCCUACGCUAGAUGGAUUGCAGAAAGUCGGGUUCAAGAUAGACUUUGGUGUCGGCGGAUCGGGGUUCAUUACCAAGUAUUUUACUCGGGGCGGCGGAUACUAUAUAGACGUUGGCGCAUCCAAGCUGAUCAUAGAGAAGAAGAUCAAGCUGAAGCAGGGCCACGAGAUCAAUCACUUUACGGAGAACUCUGUCGUCUUUGAUGACGGCACAGACGUUGAAGCGGAUAUCGUCGUUCUAGCGACAGGCUACAAGAACAUGAAGACCACGGCGGUGAAGAUCCUCGGUCCAGAGGCCGAGCGUAUGAAGGACGUGUGGGGCUUGGAUUCUGAGGGAGAGUUGAGUGGGAUUUACAGGUCUAGUGGUCAUCCUGGAAUCUACGCCAUGGGAGGAAACCUUGCACUUGUGAGGUUCUGGAGUAAAAGGCUGGCAUUGAGAAUCAAAGCGCAAGUGGAAGGCCUUGCACCCAUAUAA